UCCCGCACAGCUCUGCCGAGCGCAGUCGCACAUUGAACUUGAACCAGAAAAGAGCUACAGGGGCAUCUCAGGCAUCCAGUAAGAAAGCAACUUCCAACACACAACCCAGUAACUCACCAUGCUACGAUUUGCGCUGCUGUUCGUAGCGCUGGCGGCAUUCGUGGCCGCCGGGCCUACGAUAAGAAAGGAUGAGGCGGCGAACGCCAUAACGCCCUCCACGGAAGCCGUGGAAGUUGAAGUGAAACCAAGCGAGGAACCUGUCAAGCUUCCGGUCAGUAACGAUGAGCCAGCGAACGAUGCCACCAGUACCACCACGGCGAGCGAGACGAAACCCACGGAAAGCGUUUCCACCACAACGGUACCGUCGACAACGGGCGAAGCAUCGCCAUCGCCAUCCCCAACCACCUCAUCCUCGACCACCACGAAAGCACCCACCACGGCCGCUAGUGUGACGUCCUCGGUGCCAACGACCAAACCUCCCCGCAAGACGAUCACGUUCGAUCAGCGCCAGGAGGGGAAGUACAACAUUCGGGCCGAUUUGGAAAACUUUGUGAUCGUGGUCGUACCGUCCGGUUCGUCGUCUGGCGCUUCCCUGCUCGAUCUGCUGACCCGCUCCGCCCACAAGAAGGACGCCCUGCACCAAACGCGCAAAGCGUCGCACAAGCGCAAGCACCACAAAGCUCACUCGGCCGCCCAGAAGAAGAUCGCCCAAGCGACGCCGGAGGUGAUCGUGCUGGACGAAACGCACCAGCGGUCGGGCCAGCUCGAGACGGAAGAGUUCAUCGAGGGCCGCACACCGUACAAGGUGGAUCUGUCGAGCAGUGCGCGCAGUGUCGAUGGGGCCGAUAGUAAUGACCAUCACCACCAUCAGGCAGCAGCAGCAGCAGGCAACAAACCAUCAUCGUUCACGUUCAGCCUGGAACCGUCGGUAGCGGCGAGCCGUUUGGUUCGCUUCCCGUCAGGUAACUAUCCCCAGCCGCAGGCCGACGGGCGAGCGCUGCGGUUCGGCGGACAUCCUAACACUAACACCCUGGCAGCCACCACCAGUAGCAAUAAUCCUAGCGGUAGUAGUACUAGUGCGACUAACAACCUGCGCCUACUUCUUCCUCCUGGUGAUGGGGACAACGCGCAAUCACGGCGUGACGGUAACUCCCUGCUAGUGCUUCGUCCGGGCAGCGGCAGCGACGGCGGUGCGAUCGGGCGCGAUGCCGACCCGGGUGACGAACGGCUGCAGUCGGCGGGCGGCUACCUUCCACCGGCCACCGUACUGGUCGAGCCUUACCAUUCUUACCAUGCACCUUCCUCCUUCGACAGCCUAGAGUACGAGCCGGCGCGCUCCGACGUGGACAUGACGCAGCUGCAGCUCGAGCCGGACUACCGGGAGUACGACGAGCUGACGCCGAUCGGGGACGAGACGGACGGUGGACUGGUGGUGGGGGAUUGGGAGGAGCUGCGGCUACUCGGUGCCCAGGAGCAGUGCGGUCCGGACCGGAAGCGGGACAGUUACGGCGUGUGUCAGUUCGUGCAGCCGUGAUCACAGUACGGUUGCGGAGCGGAGGCCUAGCGAUUAAGGUUUUAGGUAGGUUUAAGGAGAGUUUGAUGAUGUUCGUUUGCUUAGGGAGGCACAUUUGUACUGUGCGAUGAAAACCCCGUUCCACUGUCAACUGUUUAUUUAUUGAUGCCAUUGUGCCAAAUAAAAAGCCAUAUAUGCUACUCCGGA